AUGUCAACUGGCAGACUAACAACUGAAUUGACGUCGCUCAUUAUCUCCCAGCUCAUCGCUCCUGAGCAGCCUACCAGCUCCAUUCUUGAUACCGCGCCCGUCGCAAAAUAUGCCGUGGUAUCCAAAGAAUGGCAAGCAGGCAUAGAACGGCAUACUUUUUCCAAUCUACGUCUUACACCAUCUCGACUUACCGACUUUGGACGUAUUGUACGGGGUGUACGUAAAGGAUAUGUCUGCAGUAUUGAUCUUGAUGUUGUGCUUCCUCCUUAUAGUAAGGCUGAGUAUGGGAAGUUCGAAAACGACGAGGACCAAGCGCGGAACAAUCAGAGUUUUUCUCGCACUGUUCAAUCCCUGUUUAACACGCUGCAGUCAUGGACUCAAGACGAGGUCAAGAGUCAAGGCAUUAGAUUGUCAGUGAAGUUCUACUCACCUAGUGACCUUUUCCGUCUGUCACAGGAUGAACGUAGAGCUCGAGUACAGAAGCGCAGUCUAGGAGGUCCAAAAGAUAUUUUCGAUCUCAGGUAUGAUCAGUCAUACCUCCGCUUUAUUCCUCUCAAAACAGAAGCCGGCGAAGAGAUUUUGCUUGAAUCCGUAUAUGUGAUUACCGAGAUUCGUGUCGAACCUGGAGAUUUGAGGCAUAUGUGGCCCGCGUCAUGUUCUCAGAUUGCUGCAAAGCUGCCUCGUCUGCGGUCUUUUAACGCAUAUCUCUGGGAUAGCGAGAAGAAGGACCUCAGAUUGCGGAAGAGCGCUCGAAAUGAAUUUGCAAAGUCUAUUCUCACCUGGCCGGCAUCUAUUCAAGAUCUCGACCUCUCGUACUGCAAUAUCCCACCACGAGAUGAGACCUUCUCACCCCCAAACAUCCUCUCUGGCCUAAACCAAGAUCAAGAUCUCCUUAGCAUGAAUCUCUGUCACUUCUCUCAACAAUUAACCACCCUAAGGCUAGACAUGGUCACCGUCAGCCCCUCCCUCUUCUGGCCCCUUCCCUCGACCACUGAAGAGGACGCCAAUCCCACGCUACCCCAAUGGCCACAUCUCACCAGCCUUACACUAAUCUACAACAUCGCCACACCCUCGGGUGAGUGGCUUUUCGAGCGCUCGCCGGCCAUGGACUGGGAGGAUGAGCGCGGCGAAGACCCGGCAAUGUCCACGCCAGAGGACGAGCUCCCCGCACCGGAAGACCGAUACCCGAACAGUUUCCGUUUUGCCCCCCGCCCGGAGCUGCUGAAUACCUUCUACCGAGCGGCGGGACUCGCAGCGCAGAAUAUGCCGCGUUUGAGAGAGAUGUGGCUGGGCGUGGAUCAGGGGACGUCGGUGAGCCAUUGGUUUGAGUAUCAGUGGGAGGGAGAGAAGCUGGGGGCGACGGCGACGUGGGGGAGUACGCCGGCGUUUGAGCCUGAGGGGGGAGUGGUGGAGGUUUGGAAGGGAUUAGGUGGCGGUGCUAGGGGGGAAGUCAAGGUUAACUUUGUAGAGGGGAUUGAGGGGGGGUUCAAUCCCGCGUUAGGGAUGGUUGUUUGA